AUGAAAAGUAAUUUUGUUUAUGAUGGUAUUUGGCAGGAUAAAGAUAUAUGUUUUGAUCUUGAAUCAAGACUACUUCGUCUUAUUCCAGGUGAAGUAUUAAUUGAAAAAAUUGAUAAUGUAGAGGAUACUAAAGGAAAUAAUGGAGAUAAAGGUGUUCUUAAGAUAACAAAUAUUCGUCUUAUAUGGAAUGCUUCAUCUAUGACAAGAAUUAAUCUUUCUAUUGGUUUUAAUUCUGUAAAUGGUGUUACAACAAGAAUAGCAAAUUCUAGAGUAAGAGGGCAGGCUGAGUCACUAUAUUUAAUGGCAAAAAAUUCUUCAACCAGAUUUGAAUUUAUUUUUACUUGUGUUAACCCUUCACAAACAAAAUUAUUUACAACAGUUAUUGGUAUUCAUCGUGCUUAUGAAACAUCCAAACUUUAUAGAGAACUAAAAAUGAGAGGUGUUCUUUUGACUGAUGAUAAUUUAAAUUUACUUCCUCAAGAAAAUUUAAUUGAAAAAAUUGAUGGUGUGUGGAAUCUUAGUUCAGAACAAGGAAAUUUAGGUGUUAUGAUUUUGACAAAUAUUAGAGUUGUUUGGUAUUCAUCAAUAAAUGUAUGUUAUAAUGUUAGUAUACCAUAUUUACAAUUACGAUCAGCUAGAAUUAGGGAUUCAAAAUUUGGAUUAGCAUUAGUUAUUGAGACAAGUGUUCAAUCAGGUGAUUAUAUAUUAGGAUUUCGUUUAGAUUCUUUUGAAAAAUUAGAAAAUAUUGCAAAAUCAAUUCAAGUACUUCAUAAAGCAUACGUUAAUAAACCUAUAUUUGGUGUACAAUAUAAAAAAGAUCGUCCACAAACUCCACAAUCAAUUACUGAAAAUGACAAAAUAAUAGAUGAUAUUAAUGAAAUUGAUGAUAAACCAUUGAGAAUGGAUGCAUUUGCUGCUUAUUUUUCUGAUGGUGUUGCUAAAAAUGUUCAACCACGACCUCCAGUAUUUAGUGAAGAGUUAGGUGUUGCAAUAGAACAAUUGAAAGAUGGUUUUACAAUGGAAAAUUUAUGGAACAUCAAUGUUGAUUGA